CGAUCAAACGAGGGAACCUAUCCCUUAGCAAACCAAAUCAGCCGAGCUCUCGACCUUCGGGCAGAAGCCGCUGGGCUAGUCGCCUGCCGCGAGUCCGCAUUUUAGCCUCCUCCGCCGUCCGCGCCACCGCCACUCCAGGUCUCCGGAAUCGGAUCGCGAUUUGCGACUUCCAAGUGCUAGUCUGAGCAUUGAAGAAUGGCGGGUAGGCGGUUGGUUAAGUCAGCUAGGUACAAGUCAGCAGUCAAGGACCAAGGCCAAAGGUUUACUAAAGAGGGUACCACUAUGAACCCGCCCUUGCUUAAUCUUUCCCCGAAUCAGGGUAAAAACUAUAUAUUUGAGUUCGACGAAUUCUCAGACCGUGAUGCUUGCAGAGAUUUCGUAGCUUCAGCCAUCAUUUCGUAGGGUGCUCUCUUAUUGUUUGAUUCGGAACGCUGCACAUACUGAGGUGGCAAUGAGUCGCGUCUGCCGGUGCUGGAAAGUCAAAAAAUAAUAAGUGUUAUAAUCUUUGGAGUUAUAUAAAGAAGCGUCUUUUUAUAGCAAGUUAUAGUAAGUUGUCAUAUCUUAUUUACGUGUGAUAUCUUAUUUUGGAACAUAACUCAUUAUUGAAAAUAAAUAAUCUUUGACUUUAUAU